UAAACACGCCCUGGCCUAAUCCUUUCGCCGACAGCAGCUCUCGAGGAAGAAGCCGAGAUGGUUUCCCUCAAACUCCAAAAGCGGCUUGCAGCUAGUGUCCUAAAGUGUGGCAAAGGAAAAGUUUGGCUUGACCCGAAUGAAGGCAAUGAGAUCUCCAUGGCUAAUUCACGCCAGAACAUAAGGAAGCUUGUGAAGGAUGGUUUCAUUAUCAGAAAGCCAACUAAGAUUCACUCUCGGUCCCGCGCUCGACGCAUGAAGGAAGCUAAGAGAAAGGGACGUCACUCUGGCUAUGGUAAGCGCAAGGGAACCAGGGAAGCUAGGCUGCCAACAAAGGUCCUCUGGAUGAGGAGGAUGCGUGUUUUAAGGCGUCUUCUUCGCAAGUAUCGCGAGUCAAAGAAGAUUGACAAGCACAUGUACCAUGACAUGUACAUGAAGGUGAAGGGUAAUGUGUUCAAGAACAAGAGAGUUCUAAUGGAAAGCAUCCACAAAUCAAAGGCAGAGAAGGCUAGGGAGAAGACUUUGUCCGAUCAAUUUGAGGCUAAGCGGGCAAAGAACAAGGCUAGCAGGGAGAGGAAAUUUGCUAGGAGGGAAGAACGAUUAGCCAUGGGACCUGGGGCAGAAAAGCCAGUAGCUGCACCACCCGCUGCUGUUUCUCAACCAGCAGAGGGAACUAAGAAGUCCAAGAAGUGAUCCUAAGCUCCAAGGAUUCUGAACUUUUGCUUAGUGUCUGGUCUUGUUUGUUGCUUUAGAAGAUGUUAUUUUAUAUCAUAGAUGGAUGGAAGUUCAAAAUAUUGGCACUUGACACAAUAUGUAGCUCCUGUUUUUGUUUAUUAGUAAUCUAUUGCUCUGUUCUUACAA